CUUCCUUGGGUCAUAUUUGGGGUCAGCUUUCAAUGAGAAGUGUUACUGUUGUCAAAAGAACGGGGCUGAGUCAGGAUUUCUAUAUUAAAGAAUGCCAAAGUCUUAUCAAGUGUGGGAUUAUGGCUGCUACAAGGUGCUGCCGUCUGUCGUCGCCCGUCUCAAGACAAGCGAGAAGCCGUGAAGACUGAAGUGACCCAGAAAGGAGUUUUGAAACUGUGUUGCUCGCUCGAGCGGAAAAUCGCAUAUCGAGUGCCCUGAAAAGGCUCUUUUCGCCCGAGGAAGAGGUAGUGAAUUAAUCUGAAUUGCGCAGAAGAUUUAUCGCCACUGUUGUGUCCAGAGAAUUCCCCCCAAGGUUUGGACUCGGACAGAUACAGAGCGAAGGAGGAAAGAAACUCUUAGUAACCGUAAGUUGUCCUCAUGGCCUCAAGAACUUUCAAGAUGGCGGGACUCGACUUCAAGGCCUACUGAAGAGGCUUCUCCAAAAUGUUGACGUUUUCCUUGGAUUCAAAUCGUAGUAUUCUGAGAUUCGUGUCAACGGUACUUCUAAUUUUGUAGCGAAUAUACAAACACAUUUAGAUUUGGUGAAAUCUCGUAGUGUUGAAUCUGUUCUACUAAAAAGAAUGACAACUUUUAGAUUUCUCAAAUUUUAUCUGUGUCCAGAUCAAUUUUGAAGCAUUUGAAACACAGCUGCUAUAAUGUUGGACCCAAACUUGCCGUGGUUGUCCCACGGCUAUAAGAAAGGCAAGGAUGAUUUUAGCCAGAAGUUCCUAUCAGAUGUGGACUACGCCAAACAUCAUACUGACACAUCUUCCGAGAAUAGACUACGGAUCUCGACUCCGAGAAAGGACCAGCAAGAAAGAGUGAAGAGCGCAACUGUAAGGAGAGUACAGGAUGGUAGAGGCGGAAGCGCACGUUCACGAGACAGUGGCGGGGAUACCUACCAGUUCUUACGGGAGUCUCGCCCGAGAAGUGCUUAUUCGCUGUACAGCGUGAAGUCGUUUAUGUCCGGUCCACCUCAGGUGAAAAGCAAAAGAGCUCGGAGUGCGACAGUACGAAGAAAAGCGGCUGACUUGCAGAAAAGUUUUACACAAGUAGAGAGAGGUUAUGAAGAGGUACGAAUAGACAGAAACUUUCGCAAACUCGCACGGCCGAGGACUGCUCAGGGGUUGGUACGCGGGAGACCUAAUGUCACGUGGAGCGGAGACUGGCGUCCGACAUCUUCCACGGGACUGAUUCCUACGAUACCGUUCGACAGAUAUGUCAGUUACGAGAGACCGCGCUCUGCCAGACGGAGUCACAGUCCACUUAAAGAUAAUGAGGUAAGAAGAGGCGAAACACCACAGUUCUUUGACAUCUCCAAGAGAGCGUGGCUUCACGAUCGCCCCCCACAAUCUCCGCCCCGAACACCACCCCCUCCGCAAAGAAUAAGGACGCCAGUCAGGAUUGUCAGAACUCCAUCAAAUGUGUCGGCCAAAGCCGGCAGCGGGGAGCCCAGCACAGUGGAGAUGUCUCCCCCUCCAUCCCCACCUCCGGAGCAGGAGGAGGAGAUACCUGUAGAGGAGGAGGAGGAGGAGGAUGGAGACUGGCAGGAGCAGAUUGAGGUGUCAGUGCAGAUGAAGGAGCCAGAGCCACCGCCCCCCUCCCCAACCCCUGAACCCCCUGAAGAGCCAGAACUUGCCUGGGAUGAGGAGGAGAAACAGGAGGAGGAACAACCAAAGCCACCUUCGCCACCUCCCACCCCUCCAAGGGAGCCAACACCCCCUCCACGAGAGCCCACACCCCCUCCGAGGGAACCUACACCCCCUCCGAGGGAACCCACACCCCCUCCAAGGGAACCCACACCCCCUCUGAGAGAACCUACACCCCCUCCAAGAGAGCCCACACCACCUCCAGAGCCAGAAAAAGAGCCAACACCACCCCCAUCCCCUCCCCCUGUGGAAAAGGCCCCCACCCCUCCACCACCGUCCCCAACCCCUGAGGUGGAAGAACCCCCAGCAGAAGUCGCCCCGCCCCUGGUGGAAGAAGAACCCCCAGCCCCCACACCCUCACCUGAGCCAGUUGUAGAGGACCCUCCCCCUGAGGUUGAAGAACCACCUACUAUGGAAGAAGAAGAGCUAGAACCUGAACCUGAACCAGAACCUGAACCAGAACCAGAACCUGAACCAGUAGAAGUGAAGGAAGUGAAGAUAGAAGAAGUAGAGGUUGUGGAACCACCCAUAACUCCUGCAGAGAAAAGUGAUGAGGAGAUGGAAGAACCCACGACAGAGGCUCCUCAGGAGGAGGGGGACGGCAAGAAAGGGAGGAAGAAGUCAGCCAAGGGGAAGAAGAAGAAGAAAAGAAAAGCCCCACCCAAAGUGGAGAAGACACCAGUACCUAGUGCCUUGCUCAUGGAUGCCUCGGAGAUCUUAAACAUGGAGAUGAAGAUGAGGAGGAAAAAUCUCUUGGAGAACAAGGCGGAAAACGACGCCAUCGUUGCGGAGGUCCAGGAGUUUGAGGUGAAGCGACCCAAACAGCAGGCGUGGCUGCAGGGGAGACUGGCCCUGUCCAGACAGAUCAGCAGAUUCGAGCUGCCUAUGGACAUGAGACUACUGGAAGGGAUGAGUCCUAUUGAGUACCUGUCUAACUACUGCAUUGUGAGCAAGAGGAGACAGAACCUGUACAAGCAGUCCUUCACAAAGGCAGACAGAGACAGGGAUGGAAUCAUCAGUGUUAAGGAAUUAGACAAGGCGCUGAAACAGAUCCACGUGGACGGUGUCACGACGGAGCAAGUCCAGAAAAUCCUCGACGUCAUCCAGGCCACCGACGACACCAAGUUUGACGCCAAACUGUUCACCGCUGUCUGUGCACUGGCUGAGAGGAUGCUGUACACAUACUUUGUUACGGAAGACACUGAUGACAUCAUGUACAGCCAGAAGGAGCGAGUGGAGGACGCAGACUUCUGCGCUCUGGAGUGGAAACUACACGGUGUGAAAGUCAACCCUCCCAUCAGGAAACUACUACAGAUGUUAUAGCUGUCCUAAUGUGUUAGACAAAACAAGAGUAAUGUUGAAAAAACAUCUUGGGGACGCGUGUGUAGGUAUUAUUGGAGACAAUGUAUUCAUGCUUAUAAGAAAUUAUGAAGUAAGCCAUUUGAGAAGGGCAUAUUGUCAGUGUAGGAUGAAUGAAAAACUUAAGAAUGCCAGUAAGGCCACUUAAAUUUAGUUUGUUGGUUCACAGAUUUUUUUAAAGUGAAAAUAUAGCAAGCAGACAUCAUAACUGCAACGGGCAGGGAGGUUAAGUUGACUAUGACCAUGUCCACUGGUCCUCAGGCUUUAUUUUCAUGAUGUUCUUCCAUUUUUGAAAAUCUGUGAACAAACAAAUUAAACUAGUGUGGCCUAAUGGUACAACUGAUAUAUCCUUGCUAAUAACUGAUCAGGAAAACUGCUUGCAAUAGGCUAUAUUCAAUGUAAGGUUGAUAUUCUUGAAAGUAUAAUUUCAUGAAUAUUACGUUAGAUGCAUUUUUGCUGCUAUUAAACUAUUUUAUGACAGACUUACAGGACUGUCUAUAAGUAUAACAUUGGGAUGGGCAAUGGGCUUUAACGCAAGCUUUAGAAACUAUAACGUUAUGUAAAUACUGAUAUAAUUGUAUCAUUUUAUUAUAUGAUAAUGUUUAUUCUGCAUUUAAUGCUGUGUAGAACAUCUUUUUUUGUACACAUUUUAUUCUUACUGCAGUUUUUGAAGGUGUUAGUGUUUAGUGCCAAAUGCAAGCAUUAUAAGUUAUAAUUCUGUAAAUAUGUGGAAACAUUUAAGUUGCCAUGUAACAACAUGGCAGUUAAUACUUAUUUUGCAGAUGCUUUUUUCUGCUGUUAAUGUUAGACUUUGCCUCUACCAAUGAUUUUUGUAGGGAACCUCAGAGAAUGAAAUUAGUAGUGCAAUAAACUUGUGGAAUGAUAAGAAAAUAUAUGAAUAUAAAAAUGUAAGAAAAGUUGGAAAAGAUUUAAUUCUUUGUCUGUGAAAUCCUAUUGUUGUGUAAUCAGAUGUUUAUAUUAAAUCUAUCAUCAUACUGAAA